AUGUCUUCUCUUAACUCUUCCUCCAAUCAUCCACCUUCUCAAGAUGAACACAACCCUAAAGAAUUGAAUGUGGUGCAUGAACUGGACCAGGACAAAGAUGUCGAGCAACGAGUUGCGCCCGACCAGAUUGAGGACAAAUAUCGCACAACCAGAUGGGAGAUCUGGGCUUAUUAUGCUUACUACAUAGGCAACAAUGGCCUCUCUCUAUUCACAAAUACCGACUUUGCACCCACUGCCUGCCAAAACCUCCUCUCCCAGGCUGCAGGCGAUCAAGGCACCCUAUACUUCGCCGGAAGACAACGAUCCAUAGACAGCAUCGUCCUGCUAAGCAACGGAAUCUCCUUCGCCAUCCAAGUCGUUCUCUUCCUCAUAAUUGGCAGUUUCGCAGACUUUGGCAACUGGAGACCCAAUAUCCUGAUCGUGUUAUCGAUCGUCGCAUACGCCAUCGGCUUCGCUUGGCUGGGUGUACACGAAGCCGACAAAUGGCACGUCGGAGUCGGACUCUACAUCGUCGGGCUGAUCGCCUACCAGACCACGCUGACUUUCUGGACGGCAGCGUUUCCCGGUCUCGCGCGGAACACGAAGGAGAUGAAGGACGUCGCGGAGCAAUAUGUCGCGGGAAGUAUCUCCAGAGACGAAUACGACCAUGUUGACACGAUGAAGCGCAGUCAGCUUGCCAACAUUGCUUUCUAUGUGCAAUCGGUAGGAGAGCUGUUCGUGCUAGCUGUCAUUGUGGGGAUUAUGUUCGCAUUGAACGUCGAUGCUAGCGAGAGCAACAAUAACUGGGGAUUAAGCGUCCUUAUAGCUUUCGCUAGUGGCGUUUGGCUUCUCGUCUCGUUACCGUGGUUCGUUCUGGAGAAGAGACGUCCAGGACAGGAUCCCCAGGGAAGCAAUAUCGUUACUGCCGGGUUGAAGCAGCUCGUACAUGCGGCGAGACAGGUCUGGAAGUUGAAACAGAGCGUUAUAUAUCUUAUUGGCUACUUCCUCCUGGGCGAUUCCCUCAACACAACAGUGACCGUCAUAUCGACCCUGCAAAACAGCAUCGUCUCCUACAACACACUCCAAUUGACCUAUCUCCUCCUAGUCGGCAUCGCAGCCCAAGCCAUCGGCAUCUACGCCUUCUGGUACGCGCAAAAACGCCUCAACCUCAGCACCAAAACCAUGUUCAACCUGAUCGCUAUCGCCAUCAUCCUCCUCGACGGUUGGGGCAUGAUAGGCAUCUGGACCCAGAAGUUCGGCUUCCACCAUCUCUGGGAAGUUUGGCUCUACCAAGCCUACUACGGCCUCUUCGUCUGCCCCUGGUACAGCUACUCCCAGAUAAUGAUAUCAGAAGUUACACCUCGCGGCCACGAAUUCCUCUUCUUCAGUCUGUUCAGUAUCGUGGGCAAGACGUCCUCAUUUAUUGGCCCGCUCGUUUCAAGCGCUAUUAUUGAUGCUUCGCCGUCGGGGAAUAGCUCCACGCCGUUUUAUUUCCUUUUCGGGUUGAGUGUGCUUAGUUUUGGGUUCUUGGUUGUGUUUUUGGAUUUGGGCGUGAGUAGGGAGGAACAGAGGGUGUUUUUGAAGGGGAGGGAGGAGGUGGAGGAGGAGUAG